AAUGAGAGCCAUGCGCUAGAAUGGAUGUUAGGACAAUAACAUAGUGAGCUUGAUGAAUGAGUACACUUCUGUGGAAGAGAUGAAGGUUAAAAUAAAGCAGUGGAAUGGUGUGGCAUCGUGGUUGUGGGUGGCCAACGAUGAGAACUGCGGCAUCUGCAGAGCGCCUUUCAACGGCUGUUGCCCAGACUGUAAGGUCCCAGGAGAUGAUUGUCCGUUGGUUUGGGGUCAGUGCUCUCACUGUUUCCACAUGCACUGCAUCCUGAAGUGGCUGAACUCUCAGCAAGUGCAGCAGCAGUGCCCAAUGUGCCGUCAGGAGUGGAAGUUUAAAGAGGGAGACACUUCCUGAGGAGAUUAAAUAAUUGCACACUC